AUAUGUACAUUUAAAUCUUUCCAUAUAUUUAUAUACAUAUAUAUACAUAUAUAUAAUUCAUAUAUAUUUUACAAACACACAUGAUGAUAAGAAGCAAAGAGUUAUGUUUGGUGAUGUUGCAACUUUGUAUAGUUGUGCUUCUCAUUAAAACGGUACAAGUACAAGCCCGAUGCUCAGACGAAUUCCCUUGCAACAAUAUGAUCAAUGAAGAAGGGCAUUCAAUGGUGUUUUCUGAUAUGAGUCUAGAUAAAGAAAGAUCGGGUUUGCGCCCAUGGGUCGAAAAACGAGUCAGACGUACUAAUCGUCUGUACAGCAUUGAUUUUCCUGAUAACAAAAUCCAGCCAGCCGAGAUACUCUACGAAAGAAAAAAGGGUUUCAACCCAUGGGGUGGUAAAAGAGACGUUUCUAACUCAAACAGUAUACCUAUAGACAUUCUAAAGGAGCAAAUGAAGAGUAACCCAGAGCUGAGAAAUAAAAUCCGGGAAUAUUACAGAAAGCGCAACUUUUCCCCUUGGGGUGGGAAAUAAAGGUUUAAAAAAAAUAUGGAAUAAGGCGUCGAAAAUUUUUGACCAAGCAUAAAACUUAUCGAGUAAACUUGUGUUCUUUAUAAAAUAACCAUGUAAAAGUUCAGGGUUCACAUAUAGAAAAGAAAAUUACUGAUGAAAAUAUUGUCCUGGAUUUCUUUGGAAAAAUUAUGAAAAUAAAAUUAAGUAGUGCCAUUA